AUGCGCGCGGGAAAGCUCGCCUCUCCAGGACCCGUGAUCACGCCCCCGAGCGAGCCACGGCCGCGGUCCCAGCCGCCCAGUGAGUUGGUGCCCAAGCUGACGGCCUUGGGCAAGGUGAUGGACGGCUACUACCGGUCGUUCGAGUACAUCCAGGACUACGUGAGCAUCUACGGGCUGCGUGUCUGGCAAGAGGAGGUGUCUCGCAUCGUCAGCUACAAUGUGGAGCAGGAGUGCAACGCUUUCCUUCGACAAAAGGUCCAAGACUGGCAGAGUGUCUACCAGUCGCGCACUAUCCCUAUUCCGACAUUCCCUCCAUUGGACCAGGCGUCAGUCAACUUCAUUGGCAGGCUAGCACGCGAGGUUCUACGUGUUACAGAUCCAAAGACAACCGUCUACGUGGACCAGUCAAAUGCCUGGUUCGACGCCAAGUCACAUGCGGAAGUCAUCAACCUCAGCCUGUUCGCCCUGCUUCAGAAAAGCGUGGGCACACCUGGCCUGACGGGGCUGGACCGGCUGCUGUCAUUCAUGAUAGUCAAGGAACUGCAGGGCGUGCUUCGGUCCCUGGAGAAGGGAAUGGUCAAGGACAAGUCUUGGCAGGAGCUGCUCACCAACAUGAGCAAAGCCCUGCAGCCAGUCGACGGUCUAGUCCAAAACGUGGGCAAAACGUACAGUGCGACCCUGACCAAGGUUGCCAAGACGUGGUCGGUUUUCCUCGAGAGCAUGCUCAAGAUUGGCCAGAUGCAAAUCUUGCGCAAAGCCAUCGCACAUGAACUGUACACAACAGCCAAGUUCGAGUCGAAGGACUUGGUUGGUGCUCUGCAGACCAUGAAUGAUGCCCUGCUAGCAGAGGUCAAGGCCCACCAUAAGGACCCCACCAAGCCAUACCCUAAAGAGGACAAUCCCUUGCUCAUGGAAGUAGCCACAUACCUAGAUUGGUGUGGACUGUACCAGCCCCUCUCCAAGAUUUAUGCGACUACAAGGCCUAUCGCAAACCUGCCGCUGUUCAUGAUGCUGUUCACCGUGACACACUUGGCAAAGUUCACAUAUGUGAGCUCACAAGGCGGCCUGCUGAGCAAGCGGGGUGUGGACGCCAUAGAUGGUCUUCCCUUUGUACUGGGGUCGUUCACCUUCCUGAAGCAGUUCCACCAGGACAAUGUCACACAGUUCCUGGCCUACCUUGGGCAGUAUGUCCGUUCGCUGCUCGAGGAGGGCUCCGUAAGUGUCACCAAGUUCUCCGAUGCCUCCGUGGAGACGACCAAUAUUCUUGCCUACCUGGAGAUUCUUGUGCGGCACUGCAACGUGCCCCGCAAGGUGGUGCUCAACUAUGUUCCUGACUACACCUUUGACCAGUUUAGGUCAUCGUCCUAGUCUGCGUGGUGCUCAGUCAAGUGAGCAUGUGCCGAAUUUCGACUACAAUGUUUCUGCGAUCAUUGAGAUCAUUGAGCAUUCUGGUGCUGUCAUUUCUCUUUUUUACUGUAAGAUACAAAGACGCGUAAAAUAAACGGUAAUAUAUGUCUCUUUUCCU